CAGUGUGGGAACGUUACAGUUCCGUAUCCUUUUGGUAUUGGAUCAGAUUGUGCCAUAGACUCAAGUUUCGAAAUCAACUGUACAGGGUCUGCUGCAACACUCUAUAGAUCCAACAUCAAAAUCUACCAUAUCUCAGACUCUGAAAUACGCGUAUCAAAUAUGCUGUACCGGAGAUGUUACUUAGAAACAGGACAACUUUUACUACCAGAUAAUCCAAUAUGGUUACGUUUCGAAAAAUUAACACCAUACAGUAUCUCAGCACUUAACAUGUUUACCGUAAUUGGAUGCGAUGAAUCUGCUAUAAUGACUGGAGAUAACUUUCGUAACGGAUGUUACGCUUUCUGUACUAAUUCCGGUGGUGUUAAUGUUGUUGAAGGAAGGUGCAUGGGUGCAGGGUGCUGUCAAAUAGAAAUACCUAAAGGAUUGAAAUACUUCAACACGACGAUGGACAGUGUGGAAAAUCACACCGGAAUUUGGUCUAUUAAUCGAUGUGGAUACGCGUUUUUAGGUGAGGCAAGCCGAUUCCAAUUCAAGGGCGAACAUGAUCUUACUGAUAAUAAUCUUAAAAACAGGAUUUUGGAUAAUAUUCCUAUUGUGUUAGAUUGGGCUAUCGGAAAUAAUCUUACUUGUGUUGACGCACAAAAGCGCAACGAUUAUGCUUGCCUCGUUAAUAGCCAUUGUGUUGAUUCCGACACUGGCCUUGGUGGAUAUCGGUGCCAUUGUGACCAGGGAUAUGAAGGCAAUCCAUAUAUCCAUCCAGGCUGCUCAGAUAUUGAUGAAUGUCAAAAUUCAACUUCCAAUAAGUGUGGACACAACAAUUGUCUAAACACGUUGGGGAGUUACAGAUGUUCUUGUCGAAAAGGAUACACUGAUGAUGGUGAAAACAAUGGUCUUGUCUGUAUUGCAACAAACUCCGAGUUCCCAUGGAUCAAGUUUUCUGUUGGUAUGGGAGUUGGCUUUAUAUCCCUAGUGGUUGGGACAAUCUUGCUCUAUUUUUGUAUCAACAAACGAAGACUCAUUAAAAGUAGGGAGAAGUUCUUCCAACAAAAUGGUGGUUUACUCUUGAAACAACAAAUCUCCUCUAAAAAGGGUGGUGUGGAAGCAACCAAAAUUUUUACAGCUGAGGAGUUGAAGAAGGCGACGAAUAACUAUGCUAGUGAUAGAAUUCUUGGUCGCGGUGGAACUGGAAUUGUCUAUAAAGGUAUUCUACCUGAUAACCGUAUAGUUGCUAUUAAGAAAUCUAAGAUUGUGGAUGAGAAUCAAAUUGAACAGUUCAUCAAUGAGGUACUUAUUCUUACUCAAGUUAACCAUAGAAAUGUAGUGAAACUCUUUGGGUGUUGUUUGGAAGCUGAAGUGCCUUUACUAGUUUACGAAUACGUUUCUAAUGGAACUCUUUACGAGCAUAUCCACAAUCAAAAUGGAGCGCCUUGGUUAUCUUUGCAAAAUCGGUUGAGAAUUGCUGCAGAGACAGCAAGUUCACUUGCUUACCUUCAUUCAUCCGCGUCAAUGCCAAUAAUUCAUAGAGAUGUCAAGUCUGCCAAUUUAUUGUUGGAUGAUGUUUACACAGCCAAAGUGGCAGAUUUUGGAGCUUCAAGAUUAGUCCCUCUUGAUCAAACACAUGUUGCUACGAUGGUUCAAGGAACGUUAGGGUACUUGGAUCCCGAAUAUUUCCACUCAGGUCAAUUGACAGAGAAAAGUGACGUUUAUAGUUUUGGAGUAGUUCUUGCUGAACUUUUGACAGCGUUGAAACCUAUUUUGAAGGACGAAAAUGAAAAGGACAAAUGUUUAGUGGACUAUUUCAUCUUGUCCAUGAACACGAAUAACUUAUUUCAGAUUCUUGAUCGUAGAGUGGUACGAGAAGGAAGUCUUGAGCAACUUCAGAAGAUUGCUGAGCUUGUUAAGAGUUGCCUUAGUUUGCACGGAGAAGAUAGGCCUACUAUGAAAGAAGUGGCGAUGGAACUUGAAAGUUUGAGAAAGUUCACAAAAAAUAAUCCUUGGGCUAAUGGACACGAAGACGAAGAGAAUGAAGAUGAAGUAAGAGAUCUUUAUACAAUUAAUCCAAUCGACUCUAAUACAGACAACGACUUUUCUGGACAAUAUAGUUCAACCAUGCAGCAUAAUCAAGUUGCUCUGUUUUCUUUCCAACUCCCCUGUUUUAUGCUAAUCUUAACACUAGCCACCGCCCAAAUUAUCCCUUCUAACACCACAUCUCCUCCCACAAACACCACUUCUCCGCCAACCAAUGCCAACACAAUCACCAAAGCUGCUAACAUCACAAAACCAGGAUGUCCAAAACAGUGUGGAAACGUUACAGUUCCAUAUCCAUUUGGAAUUGGGUCAGGUUGUGCCUUAGACCCCAUGUUUGAGAUCGAAUGCAACGUUACAACACCAUUCAUAGGGAAUAUUCAAAUUUACGAUAUCUCAGACACGGAAAUGCGUAUAACAAAUUUCAUAAAUACAAAGUGUUACUCACAAACAGGAGUUUUAAUUCAAGAUAUUCCUUCUUGGAUAACUUUAGGAAGAUCAAGUCCUUACAGUUUUUCUUCGCUCAAUAGAUUCAUCGUGGUUGGUUGUGAUGAUGGUGGUGUAAUUAGUGGAAAUGACUUCGUUAAUAAUUGCCCCUCUAUCUGCGUAAGCACCAAUAAUAUAGUUAAAGGAAAAUGUAUGGGUUUUGGUUGCUGCCAAAUAACAAUACCAAAAGGGUUGAAAUAUUUCAAUACAACUAUGGUAACCACAAAAAAUCAUAGCUUAAUUUGGUCGUUUAAUCCAUGUGGAUAUUCGUUUCUUGGUGAAGCUAGUCGAUUUGAGUUCCAGGGUAUAGAGGAUCUCAGUGAUGUUAAUUUUGCAAAGAAGAUUAGGAAUAAUGUCCCUAUUGUGCUAGAUUGGGCCAUUGGAAAUCUUUCUUGUGUUGAAGCACAAAAAAGUAACGAUUAUGCUUGCCUCGAUAAUAGCCAGUGUAUUGAUUCUGAUACUGGCAAUGGUGGCUAUCGGUGUGGCUGUAAAUCGGGAUAUAUAGGCAAUCCAUACAUUGGCUCUGGCUGCCAAGAUAUCGAUGAAUGUGCGGAUCCAAAUACCAAUUCAUGUGAAAAGAUUUGCACAAACAUACCUGGGAGUUACAAUUGUUCUUGUCCAGAAGGAUACACCGGUGAUGGCAAAAAGAAUGGUCGUGGUUGUAUUGCACCAAACUCAAACUCAGAGUUCCCAUGGAUCAAGUUUUCUGUUGGUAUGGGAGUUGGUUUUAUGUCCCUAGUAAUUGGGACAACUUGGCUCUAUUUCUGCAUCAAGAAAAGAAAACUCAUUAAACUUCGCGAGAAUUUCUUCCAACAAAAUGGUGGUUUGCUUAUGAAACAACGAAUGUCUUCUCACGAGGGUGGUGUGGAAGCAACCAAAAUUUUCACAGCUGCGGAGCUGAAGAAGGCUACAAACAACUAUGCUAGUGAUAGAAUUCUUGGUCGUGGUGGAAAUGGAAUUGUCUAUAAAGGUAUUCUACCUGAUAACCGCAUAGUUGCUAUUAAGAAAUCUAAGUUUAUGGACGAGGAACAGGUUGAACAGUUCAUUAAUGAGGUACUUAUUCUUACUCAAGUUAACCAUAGAAAUGUGGUGAGACUCUUUGGAUGUUGUUUGGAAGCUGAAGUUCCUUUACUUGUCUACGAAUACAUUUCUCAUGGAACUCUUUACGAGCAUAUCCACAAUCGAAAUGGAGCACCUUGGUUAUCUUGGGAAAAUCGGCUAAGAGUUGCUAGUGAGACAGCAAGUGCACUUUCUUACCUUCAUUCAUCCGCUCAAAUGCCUAUAAUUCAUAGAGAUGUCAAGUCUGCCAAUUUAUUGUUGGAUGAUGUUUACAUCGCGAAAGUGGCAGAUUUUGGUGCUUCAAGGUUAAUCCCUGUUGAUCAAACACAUCUUGCUACAAUGGUUCAAGGGACAUUAGGAUACCUAGAUCCUGAAUAUUUUCGCACAAGUCAAUUGACUGAGAAAAGCGAUGUUUAUAGUUUUGGAGUAGUUCUUGCCGAACUAUUGACAGGGAUGAAACCUAUUUCCAAGGACAGAAAUGAGGGGGAGAAGAAUUUGGCAGAGUAUUUUGUUUUGUCUAUAAGAAGGAAUCAAUUGUUUCAAAUUCUUGAUCGUAGAGUUGUAAGAGAAGGAAGCCUUGAGCAGCUCCAAAAGGUGGCUGAGCUAGUGAAGAGUUGUCUUAGUUUGCACGGAGAAGAUAGGCCUACCAUGAAAGAAGUAGCAAGUGAACUUGAAAAUUUGAGAAAGUUCACCAAAAAUAACCCCUGGGCUAAUGGAAACGGACAUGAAGAGAACGGAGAUGAAUUAUCAGAUCUUUAUACAAUUCCAAUCGACUCUAAUACAGACAUCGACAAUUUCUCUGGACAAUAUAGUUCGAAUUCCAAUACAAAUAGCAGCAAUUUUUCUGGACAAUAUAGUUCAGGUAGUACUUCUAACACAAAUAGCCCAUUGAUCCACAACAGAAGGGCAAUUUGAUGAUUGAUAAAGAUUAUGCG